UGUCCUCCCACUCUAACCGUGUGUGCACCCGCCCAGGGGUGCGCAGCAUGGCGAUUGGUGGUGCGCUUUGUCCCUUGGACACAGCGGAUCACCGAUCGGCAGAAAGAGCCAAUGACGUCGGCUCUGUCAUGUGAUCAGCUGUGUCCAAUCACAGCUGAUCGCAUGAAAAUAAGGAAAUGCUGGCAGCUCCAUUCCUCAGAGGGGACAUCUAUACACUGAUGAUCAGUGUAGCCCCAUCAGUGCCACCUGUCAAGUGUCCAUCAGUGCACAUCAAUGCCACAUAUCAGUGCCCAUCUCAGCUGCCUUUCAGUGCCAACUAUCAGUGCAGUCAGUGCCACCUAUCAGUGCCAUAUAUGAGUACUGCCUUUCAAUGCCCACCAGUGAUGCCUGUCAAUGCCCAUCAGUGCAGCCUAUCAGUGCCCAUCACU